GGCCGCACAGGUCGCCACUGACACUCACCAUGUCCACGUCUCUGAGGAUCGCCGUCCUCGCGCUGGCCGCCCUCCUGGCCGGGGUGGCCGCCAGCCCCACCAGCCCCCGGGACCAGCCCUGGUGGCACCACCUCGCCGCCCCCAAGAGCAUCGGCGUCUCCACGCUCAGGGACGUCCCCAUCGACUCCUCCACGCCCAUGCUGAUCGCCAAGUACGGCUACCAGUCCGAGACGCACACCAUCACGACGGCCGACGGCUACCUGCUGACCAUGCACCGCAUCCCCAACCCCGGCAAGCCCGUCAUCUACCUGCAGCACGGCAUCCUGUCCUCGUCCGCCGACUGGGUGGUGCUCGGCCCGGAGAAGUCUCUCGCGUUCAUUUUGUACAACGCUGGCUACGACGUCUGGAUGGGCAACUUCCGAGGCAACACCUACUCCAGGGCUCACUCCACGCUCUCCACCAAGGACAAGGCCUUCUGGGACUUCUCGUGGCACGAGAUCGGCAUGAACGACAUCCCGGCCAUGAUCGACUUCAUCCUGGACUCCACCCAGCACGACUCGCUGGUGUACGUGGGCCACUCCCAGGGCACCACCGCCUUCCUGGUCAUGGCGUCCAUGCGCCCUGAGUACAACGCCAAGGUCAAGGCCUUCAUCGCCAUGGCCCCCAUCGCCUUCCUGGGCAAGGUCGGCUCCCUCCCGCUCAAGCUCCUCGCCAAGGGUGUGGACGAAGUCGAGUUCAUCGCCAACGUCGUGGGGAUGUACGAGUUCAUGCCCAGCUCCGCCUUCAUGUCCGCCAUCACGUCCAGGGCGUGCGCCGACGGCUCCAUGCUGCAGGCGAUCUGCACCAACGCCCUCUUCGUCAUCACCGGCUACGACUCGGAGGAGCUCGACACGGAGAUGCUGCCGGAGAUCAUGAAGAACGUCCCCGCCGGCGCCUCCACCAAGCAGCUGCUUCACUACGCCCAGCUCAUCAACAGUGACAAGUUCCGCCAGUACGACCACGGCACGUUCAACAACCUCAUCACCUACAAGAGCUUCUCCCCGCCGAACUACCCCCUGGACAAGAUCACCACCAAGGUGUUCCUCCACUUCGCCGACAACGAUCUCCUGGGCACUCCCACGGGCGUCGAUAAGCUGAGGAAGGGCCUGACCAACGUCAAGAUGAUCCGCCGCGUGCCCCACCCCACCUACAACCACAUGGACUUCCUGUACGCGCGCGACUCCCGCCCCCUGCUGUACGACCAGGUGAUGCAGAGCAUCGCGGAGGUGUUCCAGGAGCAGUAGACCGCCUGGCCGUCAUCGGCGUCAUCGGGCACCUCGCUGAUUUGCAACGCUGUGACAUUCGCGCUUUGCGGAUGAUGCUGGCUGGACUGCCGCUACACUGGCCGUAGCGCCAUCUCCAGAAAUCAGCGUCGAAACAAAAUGAUUCCCUCCCCAAAACUCCCUGUACUGUAUGCGUCUGUGUGAGUGUGUGUGAGAAAGAGUGAGUGUGUGAGUGUAUGUAUAUUUCUAUGUGUGAUGAGUUCAGAGUUGAUAAAUGUGAUAUUAUUA